CAGAGACGUGUUCGAAUGCUGUUUGAAGUGACAGACUUGCAUCGAAGUGAUACGGAGUAGUGAAGCUGCUUGCUUGACUCGUGUUUCGUUCAGCAGUUGCAGCAAAAAGUCGGGGCAGCUCCAAGUUUGGUGUUCUUCACAGUCGCAGCUCGGUCCCCAAACAGCAAACGCGCAUUAGCAACAUUUCCGUCUUCCUGUCGCGACCAUCCUCCCUCGACCAUCGCCCACCGCAUGUCAAGAUUACAUGGAGACACAAUGGCCUUGACUGUGACGGCUCCACUGGCGCCUUGUGUCUACACCGAGGCUCGUCUGAACAUUGAGCCGACCUACUCCAAUUCGACCCUGCACAUCCCGACAGAGGGCCAGUCCUCGUUCUUCUCGCGCAAACGUUCAAGGAGCGACGAAACUCUUGCCGACGCAGACGAAGAUGCUUACGCGAAACGCCAUCUGGCCACCGAGUCCUCAAUCUUCUUCCGUCGCAACAACAGAAACCCGCGAUGCUUCCUCUGGCGCGUGCUCGAAGAGGGAAGGCUGCUACACAUCCAGAGCGUCGACCUUGUUCAAGCGCGUAGAAACACCCAGGAAAGCGUCAUCACCUUCGCUCUGAGCUUCAGCAAUCCCAUCAGACCCAAUGGCGUCGCCUUUGCCGAUGCUGUCGAGCGCGACGCUUUGGAAGUCUUCGUCCUGACGACCAACAACGAGCUUUUCACCUUCACCCUGCGCAAAGACCUCCUCUUGCGCGGCUCACUCCCUUCGGCCGCCGAAUUCGAUCCCGCCAGCUGUUACAAAGUCUACCAAUCACCCUCAUUCAGCUUCCGCACCCCCUACAAGCUCGUUGCUGAAAGUGCGGUACAACUGCUUGUAUCGCUCAGUGACGGUGGCUUGCUACGUCUCACGCGAAACGUAGGAAAACUCCAAGGUCAAGAACUAUGGCAUGAGACUUUGUUCGGCGAGUCUGGCUGGGGCUCGUCCUUCAAAACUUUCUUCUCUAUGAGAGGCCACAACACUAUCAGAUUCAAUGGCUUAGACCUCGAGCCUUCGACCGCUGCUGCCAUAGCCAUUUCGCCUGACACGAACCACGUCUUUACCGUCUGCCUGGACCACACCCUCAAAGCUUGGAACACAAAAACCGGAAAGUCUGGGGUCCAGACUGAUCUUCUCAACGAGAAUGAUAGAGAGACACAAUCUGCCCAAUCACAGUAUCUUAUGAGUCCUGCGCAAGGUACUCUUCUCAAGCUUCAUCAAGUUGACGGAAGUCCGGACGGUGACAUGUACUACGUUGUCACAAAUUCGCCAAAAGACCAUCAGUUCAAAUUCUGGGCAGUCAUGGAUCCCGAUGACAUCGAGCUGGGCAUACGCGACGUCCAACCGGAUACUAAGCUGAUCCCCCCGCUUGACGAGUUGAUGAACACAAAUGCCUGGCAGCUUGUCGAGUACCAUGUUCGUCCUUCAAAGGGCUGGCGCAACACUCAACUUUGGAUCAGAGUCAGAUCUGGUGCCAUUUGUAAGAUAUUCACCCUCACCUUCGACCUUCUUGCCGACUCUGAGGAUCUCGAGGACGCGUGGCGCAACAACUGGGCCUUUGUCGACGAUGGCUCACUUACCAUCGAGUCUUUGAUGAAUGACCCCUCCUUUCCCGGUGAUGCGGAUAUUCAACUUGCCGUAGAAGACUGUUCCAGCCUUAGCGACAGAUGGCUCGACUUUCUCUUCUAUCCUGGCAGAUUUAGUGUGCCUAUGCUCGAAAGCGCCUUGCACAUCUACAAAAAAGGCCUGAAACUCUCCUCUGAACCAUCGCGGUCGCUCAAGGAAAGUCCACUCAAAGGGAGAAUCUGUGAUGCUAUUGCUGCCAAAAUCAGUGUUGACCAGACACCCGAAGGCCAUCUAGACUUUGACAAGUACCAGUCAGAGAUCGCUUCGCAGUGGCAUGUCUUCUUUGGCCUCGUUCGGCACCUUCAUACACGACGUGGCGAUUCCCUAUCUCUGGCGUUCGACACAGAGACCGAUCUAGCAUGGUCGGUCAGGGCGGAUCAGGUUGGCCCUGUGAGGCAAUGCAGCGAAGUUGAGAUUAUGAAUCUCAAUGAGGAUGUUUUCCUUACUCAAGAAGAUCACUCCAUCGUCAAUUCGAUGCCUCUGGCGGACCAUUUGAUCGACGAGUAUAGUGUGCACGUUGGCCGUCUUCUCGCAGGCGCAAGACUAUUCAGGAGGGGCCUGUCAUCAGAUUUCCAGGCGCUAUUUGUGACGGCGAGCGCAGCAGAUGCUCUCAGAAUUGGAUCUGACGACACAACACCAAACGGUACUCAGGAUAAGCACCUGGAAGACUUAAGACAGCUCUACGAUAUCUGUGCUCUUCACACCGAAGUGUCAGAUGAAGAUUUCAACCAACUUACUGAUUCUAUGCAAGAUCUGGGAGGUCUUGGCGAGCUGGACAAUGAGCUCUUCUAUUCAGCCAUUGAACGUCUCACUCAAGCACAGCAUGGUGCCGAUGGGGACCAAGCGCUCACCCGUUACGGAGACAAGGCGACUAUCCGUGGCGCUCAGGAUACGCUCUCUCUGACCCGUGAUAUCAUUCUCGACCUUCUUGCCUUGGUUGUGUUCAUGGCUGGUGAUCUUGAGACGGAAGAGUUAUCGCCUGCAUUCAGACCAUCCGAACUUUAUGAACAACUGAUUGUUAAGCUCAAGGAACACAACGUUUUGUUGUGGCUUGCCAGCAAUGUGCGAGAGGAGCCAACAAAGAAAGCCAAGGACACUAUCGACAGCACUGUUUCGAAAUCCAACAAGUCUCAGUACCACCCUACCUUAACGGUGCUUGAAAGCAUCUUCAUCGGAGACUGGCACAGCUUGCGGUUCCCAACCUCGGCGACUCUACCUUCCCUGAUUACUUAUUGGUGUCGCGCAUGGACGUAUGGAGCCAACAUCUCCACCGCUUAUAACGGUGUUGUCACCCAUGUUUUGGGAAAUCUCCUGAAGCACCAGGACUACGAUCUGGCCACAGACUUUCUGAGAUUCGUACCGGAAGGACCUUGGGCUUCAUAUCUCCGAGGAAGACUGAAUCUCGCAAUCGGAGAAUACGCUGUGGCUGCUGAGUACUUCAAACAAGCAGCCGAGCCUCUCGCUGAUAAGAGUAUUAACAUUGAUACUCUGGACACAUCCAACUUGAUCGAUCUGCAAGCGCGGAACUUCUUCAGCGAUGGACUGCCUCGCUACUAUCUGCACAUAUCAUACCUCUUCGAGCGUAGCAGAUUACAUGCAUACACAGCUGACUUCGCUUCGCUCGCGGCGCAAGAGUUUGCAGUGAACUUUGAAAACUUCGAUGAUAACUCACUGAUCGACCUGGACACUCGCAAGCAGGGCAUGCAUGGUAGCCCGGCAGCCACCAGAGUUAACUUGGCUAUGGAGGAAAUCAAGCUGUUGCGUGUGCGCGAAAUAAAGGAGGACAUCCUGACGCGCGUUUUCAACGCCUCGCUGCAGAUCUGCCGGUACAAGCCUGCGUUUGAUGCUUUGCUUGUCUUUGGUAAUCCUGUGCUACGCAAGACCUCACUCCAAGCUCUUCUGCAAUCUCUCAUCUCAACCAACAAGAUGAGCACGCUUCUAUCUCUGCCAUUCCCAGAAUAUCUCCUUCCCGAAGUGGAUGACAUUCUACUGACUUUAUCACGCAAGCACCUUUCAUUCUCGCCUACCCCAACACCAGGACAACCCCAGUACCAUCAGGUCAUGUACACGUGGCGCAUCCAUAACAACGAUUUCCGUGGAGCAGCUGAGAUACUCUUCGAGCGUCUACAACGUCUUAGACAUAGCACCGCUAAGGUAUUUGAGCCUGAUGAUGAAACUCUGGUGGAGGCGUAUUUGGUCCUCAUCAACACGCUCGCCUGCUGUGGCAAAGACGAGGGAUGGAUCCUUGCAGAGAGAAUCGAGGAGGAGUAUCAGCGUGGCAAGGUUGUAUCGGCCAGCCAUAGCAAGAAACGCAGGAUUGUCACGUUGGAGGAUGUGCGCAAGGAGUACCAGGCAGAGUUGGACCGCAGAAGCGAGAUGCAGCAAGGCAGAUUCGCACUAACUGCAGGAGACGAGAUGGACAUGUUCUAAGGGAUGUUUUUUAUGAUAGUGCUUCACUUUCACCAGGUCACCAUGCAAGCGACAAGAUCAAAAGGGUCGGGAGGUGAUAAAACAGA